AUGGAAGACGUGGAAAACGUAACUCGUUAUAGAGAUCCAGCUAUGGAAGGGUGUGAGGAACGUGGCGAAUUAUAUUUCCAUCCGGCCUAUCUGUUUGCGGUGGUGUUUCAAGGGAUGUCCGGCUGGCUUACUUUCCCGAUGCUAUUCAUUAUUCUGAAGAAAUAUGCAUUCAAUGUUUACUAUCAUCCAAAUCUAGUGUUUCUUAUGAUGCUAAACGUUGUCACUUGUCUUCUACUGGGUAGUAUUACUGCCUGGAGUGCAACUAACUUCUUUAUCAAUCUUAUGAUAAAGCCUACUCCAUGUGAUCUUUUAUUAAAGACACAUUUCUGCUCCAAAAUCAGGGCUACAUUUUUAUUCGCUUUCUGUUUGGUAACUACAAGUCACGCUGGUAUCCUGAUAGAACGAAUCUGGGCAACAUAUGCUGUGAAACACUAUGAACGUCAAGGAAAAGCACUUGGUAUUAUCCUGGCGAUAGCUGCGGUCGGAGUCGCUGCCACCGCAAUUUUCAUCGUUUUGAUACCUGAAGACGGGGAAGAAAUGAUUACUACAUGUUUGACAUUUUCCGCUUCCAAAUCUAUCGGAUCAAGGAUAUACGUCAUGUUCUUCGCGCAACUCUUGCUGGACGGCUUUAUCUCCAUAGUGCACUUGGUGCUCUAUAGAUAUAACAUACACGCCGAUAAGAAAGGGUCAACAUCCUUGUCAGAACAAUUCCAACGGAAUGAAAAUGUCAAAACAUUAAAGCAAGUAACACCGCUACUUAUCUUAUCCAAUGUGACCAUCGGAGUAUAUAUCUUUAUUAUAUCGGUAUUCCGUUUGUUCAGAAACGACCUUCCAAGAAAUUGGUAUGAAAUCAUUGCUGCUAACCUUUUCAUAAUGCCGCAUAUGCCAUUCAUGUUUACUUCAUUGAUCUUAAUUGAGCUCCGACUUGCUCAAAAGCGUCAGGCUCGUGUUCACAGAGACAUGAUGGCUAGUCAAGACGUUCCACUUGAUGACCAGUUCCACAUUGCUAUUGAAAACUGGGAUGUACAGUUCCAAUCCCGUCUGAAGGCGCAAGCACUGGCAAACGGAAAAGUGCAUCCGACGAGUUCUUGGGGAUCCUCUAAAUUUAUGUCAAAGUUUAAGAAACGUCAGAGUACGGUAGCGGUCGUGUCACUACCUUCUUCUCCUGCAUAA